UUCCGCCUGCAGCGUGUUUUAGUCUGCUGUGUGGGGUUGGAUUUCAUUUUUUUAUGUGUAUAUAUAUAUAUCUAUACCUAGCUAGCUAGCUCUCCCACCUAUAGGAACCUUCCUCCGCGAGGCGGCUCGCGCCGAGCACGAUACAGCCCCGCAGGCUGCUAUGGAUUUUAACGGCAGCUCCGGCGGGGGCAGCGAUCACAGACAGCUCGAGGAGAGCAAGCCGCUGCUGGGGGAAAUGUCCGCGACGGAGGGGAAUAAAAUGGGUGCUGCUCCGUGCCGGCGGGCGCUGCUCCACUGCAACGGCAUGAGGUACAAGCUGCUGCAGGAGGGGGACAUCCAGGUGUGCGUCAUCCGGCACCCCCGGACAUUUCUCAGCAAGAUCCUCACCUCCAAGUUCCUGCGGCGGUGGGAGCCGCACCACUUGACCCUGGCGGACAACAGCGUCGCCUCGGCCACGCCAACGGGGUACAUGGAAAACUCCAUCUCCUACAGUGCUAUUGAAGAUGUUCAACUGCUCUCCUGGGAGAACGCCCCUAAGUACUGUUUACAGCUCACGAUCCCGGGGGGUACUGUCUUACUACAGGCUGCAAACAGUUACCUGAGGGAUCAGUGGUUCCAUUCUUUGCAGUGGAAGAAAAAGAUUUACAAAUACAAGAAGGUGCUCAGUAAUCCCAGCCGCUGGGAGGUGGUGUUGAAGGAGAUCAGGACGCUGGUGGACAUGGCGCUGACCUCUCCGCUUCAGGACGAUUCUAUUCACCAAGCACCCCUGGAGAUCGUCUCCAAGCUGCUCUCAGAGAACAACAAUUUAACCACUCAAGACCAUGAGAGCAUUAUUGUGGCAAUUGCACCUUUGUUGGAAAACAACCAUCCUCCUCCUGACCUCUGUGAAUUCUUCUGCAAGCACUGCCGAGAGCGUCCUCGGUCGAUGGUUGUCAUAGAAGUGUUCACCCCGGUGGUACAGAGAAUUCUCAAACACAACAUGGAUUUUGGGAAAUGCCCUCGGUUGCGUCUGUUUACUCAGGAGUAUAUUCUGGCUUUGAACGAGCUGAAUGCUGGAAUGGAGGUGGUGAAGAAGUUUAUUCAUAGCAUGCAUGGUCCAACUGGACAGUGCCCCCAUCCCAGGGUCCUGCCAAAUCUUGUAGCUGUCUGCUUAGCAGCCAUUUAUUCGUGUUACGAGGAAUUUAUCAACAGUCGAGACAAUUCGCCGAGCUUGAAGGAAAUUCGGAAUGGCUGCCAGCAGCAAUGUGACCGAAAGCCUAAUCUUCCCCUCCGCCUUCUUCACACGAGUCCUGACCUGGUCUCUCAAGAGGCCACCUUAACUGAAUCCCGGCUCAAGCCAGUCAUUGUCACCUCGAAUGAGAUCCACGUGGAAGUAGAGCGCAACAACACAGCGAAUCAGAAGAUGACAGCUAAUGUUGGCAAUGACAGCGAGCCCAACCUGAUUGACUGCUUGAUGGUCAGCCCUACCUGCAGCACCAUGAGCAUUGAGCUGAGUACCCAAGCAGACAGGAUCCUUGGCUGUUAUGUUGAAAUACUCAAGAUGCUGUCAGACUACGAUGACUGGAGACCAGCCCUGGCCAGCUUGCUUCAGCCUAUCCCGUUCCCCAAAGAGGCGCUUGCGCAUGAGAAAUUCACAAAGGAGCUGAAAUAUGUGAUCCAGAGAUUUGCAGAAGACCCUAGGCAAGAAGUGCACUCGUGUCUGCUGAGCGUGCGGGCUGGCAAGGACGGCUGGUUCCAGCUGUACAGCCCCGGCGGCGUGGCGUGCGACGACGACGGGGAGCUCUUCGCCAGCAUGGUUCAUAUUUUGAUGGGAUCCUGCUAUAAAACAAAGAAGUUCCUGCUUUCCCUGGCUGAAAAUAAGCUAGGACCCUGCAUGCUGCUGGCUCUGAGGGGGAACCAGACGAUGGUAGAGAUUCUAUGUUUGAUGCUGGAAUACAACAUCAUCGAUAAUAACGACACCCAGCUGCAGAUCAUCUCAACCCUGGAGAGCACGGACGUGGGGAAGCGAAUGUAUGAGCAGCUGUGCGACAGGCAGAGGGAGCUGAAGGAGCUGCAACGGAAAGGCGGUCCCACAAGGCUAACACUGCCAUCCAAGUCAACAGAUGCAGACCUGGCCCGCUUGCUGAGCUCUGGAUCUUUUGGGAAUUUAGAAAAUCUCAGCCUGGCCUUUACCAACGUAACCAGUGCUUGUGCUGAGCACCUCAUUAAACUGCCUUCGCUCAAGCAGCUGAACCUGUGGUCAACUCAGUUCGGGGACGCCGGGUUGCGGCUCCUCUCCGAACACCUCACGAUGCUGCAAGUGCUCAACCUGUGCGAGACUCCUGUCACCGAUGCUGGCCUGCUGGCACUUAGUUCCAUGAAGAGCCUGUGUAGUUUAAAUAUGAACAGCACUAAACUUUCAGCGGACACCUACGAAGAUCUCAAGGCUAAACUCCCCAAUCUGAAAGAAGUGGAUGUUCGCUACACUGAGGCUUGGUGAACUCUCUCUGUUUCUCUCUUUUGCUUCUGGACAAGAAGAGAAAGAUUUUUAAAACAAACCAGAAAAAAAAAAAAGAAAAAGGAAAAAAAAAACCCCUUUGGCUAAUACCUGUAGAGCAGUGAGUCCAGGGACUUGGUGAUAGGAGUCGUGGUUGUGGGUUGGGGGAGUCACGUCGUGUGUGUGUCGGGGUGGGGGGCACCGAGCGGGCCUGGACCUUGCCCGAUUCUUGCAGCUUUGUAAUUUCAGAAUGAACAUAACUUAAAUUGAAAAAAAAAAAAAGACUUUGUAGCAGCAGCAAGAGGAUUAUAAAGAGGAAAACCACCACCAUUUGUGGAUUUUAUUUGCCUUUGUGUUUUAUGCCGUGUGGAGAAAAAAAGUAUAUUCAUUCGUCAUUAUUUACCUGGGUUUCCGUGGCUGGGGACCCAUCCAGUCAGAACUCCUCUUUGACCAGCUUUGCUCCAGAAAAGCAAACGUAAGAAAUAUCAAGAGAAAAAAAGAAUAAGAAAUGAUUUUCACCUCCCCGCCAUGUCCUUGCAGUUGUUAUACAAAGUAAUUUUGUUGUACAUAAGAUUUACAUAAUGCACCUAUUUAAGAUGAUGGUUCACAAAUAACAGGUCUGGGACCUGUCUUUUAUUUAUGAAUUGUUAAUUCUUUUACCCUUUUUGCGUAUAGUACUGUAUAAACUAGUUUGCUGUCUUGUUGUUAUUAUUAUUUUUUUUAAAAGGAAAUGUCCUUGAAGAAUUGCCUUUUAGUAAUGCAUACUGUAUUAUAAUCCCUCUCUGUCACAACGUUCAUCGCGUUGUGUUUUUAAUUUCAAAAUGCCUCAAACAUUAUCAAAUAGGAAGGAAAAUGUCUAUCAGGGGUAUGGUUACUGGGGAAGGGUGCAGGGAUUGAUAUAAGUCAAAUUUCCUUCCAAAGUCUGAAAACUUUCUUUAGUCUUUUAAACCAUGUUAGCUUUAAACAUGGGGAUAGGGAAAAUGCAUUGUUUAUUUUGCCAAUGGGAUAUUCACAAAACUCUUCAGAUUUUACAAGUCACUUCUGGUGUUUUCUGUUUACGUCCAAUAUUUCAAAAAGAGGAAAGAAAGCUCUCCUUCCAGUUUGUGCAUAAGCCUUUUCUUUUCCUUUUUUUUCUGCCCUCUUCUCCUCCCUGCCCUCCCUCUCCCCUACCUGUCCCUGUGCACACAUUGUUCUGCAUGUUCCUCUGGGGAGGCCGGAAAAAUCACAUUGUGGCUGAUCUGAUCGCUCUGACCUGUUUGUAAAUGUGACUGCUGCAUUCUCCAGAUUUUCUUCCACAACUGCUUAGA